UUUUAGCAGGAUACCAUCCCCCAAUCAGAGUCAAAGAAGAAGAUAACCUGCUGGCUAGGUAGUUUUUCUGCCACCACUACUAACUGAAUAAUCGUUAUAUUUUUUUCCUUACUUUAAUUUUUGAAGUCGCAUAGUUUCAAUCCAACUUUAUUCCACCGAUGUGUUCGUUUAUUACCUCGCAAACCAUCGCACACUAGCCGGCUGUCUAACUCGUGUGGACUUGUUCAUCGACUACCACACGGUCCACAGUGAGGAACUGGUGAAGAAGAGCUGAUGCCGUUAGCGGGCUUUCCUUUCCCCCCAAGUUGAGAGCCCUGUCUAACCGUCUGUGAAGUCUUCGUCUGUUUCGGGAGAGAUGGAGGCCCCACCGGUCACUGUGAUGCCCGUUACCGGGGGCACUAUCAACAUGAUGGAAUAUCUGUUACAAGGCAGUGUGCUGGACCAGGCCCUGGAGAGCCUCCUACACCGCCUGAGGGGCCUGUGUGACAACAUGGAGCCCGAGAGCUUCGCCGACCACGAGCUGGUGUACCUCCUCAAGGGCCAGCAGGGCAACCCCUUCCUGCUCCGCGCCCGCCGCUCCCUCUGCCACCCCGCCGCCCCCUGGCACCUGCGUUACCUGGGCCAGCCCGAGGUGGGCGACAAGAGCCGCAACGCGCUGGUGCGCAACUGCGUGGACGUGGCCGCCUCCCACAGCCUGCCCGACUUCCUGAACGAGAUGGGCUUCCGGAUGGACCACGAGUUUGUGGCCAAGGGCCACAUCUUCCGCCGGGGCGUGCUGAAGGUGGUGGUGAGCAAGCUGUCGCGGGUGCUGGUGCAGGGGAACACGGAGAACACGGAGCCCCUGUCGCUGUCGUACCUGGUGGAGCUGAGCGUGCUGGCGCCCGCCGGGCAGGACACCAUGUCGGAGGACAUGCGCAGCUUCGCCGAGCAGCUCAAACCGCUGGUCCACCUGGAGAAGAUCGACCCCAAGAGACACAUGUGAGGGGUCCGGGAGGGAGGGGGUGGGGGCAGUCUGAGGUCAGUCUCGGCCAGGUGUGUGUCCCGUCCCCCCCCCCCCGCCUUCCCCCCGCUCCCCCAAGGAAAAAACGCACAGAUUUUCUGGUCUGUUUACGUUUUAACAAGCGGGAAUCCGACAAAAAACACAUGCUUUGUGAUUGCGCCGGCAUUCGUUCUGUCUGUCUGUUGCCUGGAUGUCCUCUCUCACUCACUCAGUAGGUUAGAGCCUGUUAGAGACAUGCGGCUGCAUUCAGCUGCAGUCAUGUUUGUGAAGGACUUCCAGAGGAUUAUUACAUGGCCCACAAGGGUUAGGGGACAAACGGGAGAUAUUGCAUGUGUAAAUAAUGACCAGCUUUUUCCAAAUCAGAUCAGAUAUGAUUCAUUUAACAGUCAUAUGAAUGUCAGUCAUUCACUCUGUUGGUGUUUUGGAGAUGUAAAGUUUUAAUGCUAAAUAAAAACUGUCCCAAGGCCUCCCUCCCUACCUCAGAAGUGAUUUACGUACUACUGCCCAUCACCACUAGGGGUCUCUCCUCAUCUUCCCAAAACCUAGGCUGCUUGCUUCGAUGCUAUUGUACAUCACCACCUCAGAUCAUCCACACUAGCCAUGGUUGCCAUGGAAAUAAUUAGCCGCGAGAUCUGCACAUCCCCCCCCAGCUCUAAUUAGCUUUCUCAAUUGCUUAAUGAUACAUCGACCUGUGAAAGCUUUCCUUUUCUUCCCCUUACAAAAGCAUUGAUUUCCCCCUCCCCUUCCCCUCUCAUCUCCAACGUUAACCCAUUAGAGGCCCUGCCGUGGCAAUCUGAGCCGAGGCUUUUACACACGGCGCGCUCGGCCUAAUGGCGAGUACGCUGAGCGCUAAUGUUGCCUAAUGCACAUGUAAAAACCUGUGUGCGUCGUCGUCCUUCGUCCUCUCUCCGGUGGAGGGUUGCAGAUGGCCGGCCUGCCCGCGGUUGGCGUACAGCUGAGAGAGCAAUGCACAGCCACUUGUCUAGGCUGCUGAGGAAGAGGCAGGAGCUGUCUGAGCGCGUGAACGUCAGCGUCGAGGUCGAGCCUGCUAGCGCGGAAAGGUGAGGACUGCGUUGGUGGGGCUCACUGUCACAUACGCACUGUUUUAAUACGACUCAGUUGGUCUCGGGUGUUCGAGCUAUUCGCCUCCCUCUGUCGCGCGGGGGGGG